CUCACACAGCGCAAGCCAGACUCUUGACCCACAAAAUCCCAAGAUCAUAAAAUGGUAGUUUUUUAAGCUGCUUGUUUUGGGUGGCUUGUCACCAGCAAGAGGCAAGGGGAACAUCAGGAACCUCUGUUUUUUUGUGACAAGACAACUAUUUUUUUACUCUCUAAAUUAUGUGGAUGUCUAAUUUGGACAAAAGUAACUAAAAAACUUUUUUUUCAAUUCAAUAUGAAGGUAAAGCCGAGUAAAAUCUUAAGCCUUAAAAGAAAACACUAAAACAGCAUCUGGCCUGGCAGGCCCACCCUGGCACCUGGGCCCAUGCAGCACACAUCCCUCUCCCUGUCCCCACGCCCGUACCACACGCAGCCUCACCAAGAGCAAGGAGGCAGCCACAGACUCAACAGCAGCCAGCUGAAGGGGAGGGGGGUGCCCUGGAUCACAAAUUAAGUGCUUACUUAUUUGAAAAGAAAAGGGCCAAGCGAGGGCACGCAGGCCAUUCCCAGCGGCAGCACACGGCCACGCGGCGGGGCAGCCACGCUCAGGGCUGGCUCAGGGCUGGUUCCGGGCGUGUGCCAGCAGGUCCCCGAGGCAGCUGAGGCGGCCCCCCUCCCGCUCUCCAGGAGAACCCGGGCAGGUCUCCCAGGCCCCGGGGUGGAGGGUGACAAAGGCUCCAUCAGACCCUCACAGGGAGGUACACCGGGUCUGUCAGCAUCUGUUAGAGGAGAUGCAUUUCAGGCUAAAUAUCAGCAUCCGCUCCUGCUUCCCACACACGCUGUGGCUCCCCUGGGAGGCCUCUAUCCUAACCUCGAACACGUGCAACCCCCGCGUCCGCAGAAAGCCGGGCGGCACUCACAUGGCACUCACGAAACCUGGGCAGGAAGCUGCCGUGAGGCACAGAGGUGGCGCUGGCCGGCCGGCUUGGUGGGGGCAAACACAUGAAUCGUAGCUGCGGGCGGGAGGAAUAUCAGGUGCAUCUCUACGCCCCGAGGGCUCAACUCCUACAUUAAAUCCCUCCCACUGGAACAGCCGGCUCCAGUUUCAGCGAGAGCAAGCGUGAGAACAGGUCCUGCUCUGGCCCGGCAGCCACAGCCACGGCUUCCACCUCCCCGCCUCUGCUCCCAGCCCCCAAAUCAGCAAGACGUCCCUGGCCACACCCGCAGCCCGUGGAGCUGGCUUCAAGUAAAAGAAAAGCAAAGGAGAAGCGGUAACUUGCUUCCUUAAAAACCACCAAAGCUGAACUGCGCAGGAGCCAGCAGGGCUCAGACGCCAAAUCACAGAGGGAAAAUGAGCCUUCUCAAAGAGCGAAAACCAAAAAAGCCGCAUUACAUUCCCAGGCCCCCGGGAAAGCCCUUCAAGUACAAGUGUUUCCAGUGCCCCUUUACUUGCAAUGAAAAGUCACAUCUUUUUAAUCACAUGAAAUACGGUCUCUGUAAAAACUCCAUCACUUUAGUGUCUGAGCAAGAUCGCGUUCCCAAGUGCUCCAAACCGAACUCUUCGGACCCUAAGCAAACCAAUCAGUCCGACCCCGUAGCAAAGCCCACCUCCUCCAAGCCAGUCCCAAGUGGGCUCUCACACCUGGACACCAAACUCCAACACGGCCUCGCCAAGGACGACAUUAAGGAAAACGUGGACCUGCACGUACACGGGCCCCACAGGUGCCCUGGACAGAAGCCAGCUCUCCACAAGGAAACAGCACCCCCGAGUCCAGCUCCAGAAGCCGCCAUGGGCACCCAGCCUGUUCUGGAAGGCGCUGCCCGGCCUUCAGCAUUCGUUCCAGUCGGGGAGCACAGACUCAAAGGGCAGGAACUCACCGAGGCUCCUGAAGCACUGGCCCUGACCCACCCCUCCACCAAAGCUGCCUCCUUCCAUACCAAGUCUGCCUUCCACGCCCCUGGCUACCCGUGGAAAGCUGGCUCACCUUUCCUCACGCCUGAGUUUCCACAGAAAAUCCCAUCCACAAAAGGGUUUGGUCCCACUUCCCCGUACAUGCACCCCACCAUCGCGGAGUACCCACCUCACUUUUACACAGAGCAUGGACUGGCCACCAUCUACUCACCCUACCUACUCGCGGGGAACUCACCCGAGUGUGACAGCCCCCUGCUGUCCAUCUACGGGGCCCAAGACCAAAGACAUUUCCUGCCUCACCCAGGGCCGAUCUCUAAGCACCUGAACCCGGCUCCAUCCACAUACGACCAUUACAGAUUCUUCCAGCAGUAUCACUCCAAUCUGCCGAUUCCUUAUGGAUUUUAUAGACCAGAGUCUGCGUUCUCCUCCUACGGCCUCAGACUCCCACCUGUUGCUGGCAUUUCACGAGAUCAAAGCUCACACCUACUGGAAGAAGCUGCCCUGGUCUACCCGGCUACGAGUCCAUCCAAGUUAAACUCUUCUAUCUCCCACAAAAAACACACAGAGUUUGAGAAAGAGAGUCUGACUCCCGAGGCUAAAGACCCUUCCAAAGAUGGGCAGAGGGACACGGAAGGGACCAAGAUGAGCCCACGCGCGGGCAGCGCGGCCACAGGCUCCCCGGGAAGGCCGAGCCCCACCAACUUCACACAGACAAGCCAGCCCUACGCUGGCCUAUGCAACCUCUCAGACACACUGGCCGCCGGCGCCCCAGCAAGGCUCAAUGCACCAGAGCAGAGCCUCACAGCCUUCAAGCCCAUCAAGAAGAACACGGAGCGCCCACAUUCCCAGGCCGCAGAAAACAGAGCUGCGUCUCCAAACAGCCUUGAAGCCGCAAGCACAGACGUUCCGGCUCAGAUGGGGAGCCUGGAGGCUGCGCCCUGCAGCCCAGAGGACGGCUCCAGGGCAGCCCCGCUGAACCUCUCCACGAAGCCAGAGGCUGAGCUGGCCGUCGCACACACCCCUGCCUACGGAGAACUUGUGGAGCCGCAGGACGCGCCCCUCAACCUCUCCGUGAAGGACCCCUGCAACGCCCUGGCCUUGAGGCCCUCCGUCCGCAGCCCCCCAAGCGGAGCCGAGCCCGCGGCUGCCCCCACCUCCACUCCUGCUCCGCCGACAGGGGCGGCCAGCUCCAGGGGCGGGCCUGACCCCAGCCCCGCCGGGAGGGCCCGGGGCCCUCGCGCAGCUGACUGCGAGGAGCAGAAGCGGACUGCGGCCGUGGCCCUCUGCCAGUUGGCGGCCUACAGCCCAGGAGACGGCGAGCCUGCCGCCCAGGAGCCUGCCUGCCGGCCAGACGCACCCACCCCUGGAGCCCCAGGGAGCCCGGAGGCCCGGUGUGGCCUCAGACCCAAAGGGCAAAAGAGGACAAGCCCCAGGGACGCGGGGAAGACCCAGCAGGGAACCAAGAAGGCGAAGCCCAGCGACACAGCCCGAGUGUUCACGCUCCGGAGAAGAACACGGGUGUCUUAGAGCUGCUCCCGGGUGGCCACAGGCGGCAGCCACGAGCACAUCGUGCGGUGCCGGCGAGACAGCCGCAAACCCUCAUCUGGUGGGUUUUUCACCUGAUAUAUUUUUACAACGCAGUUUUCUUCUAAAAAAAAAUUUUUUUAAUAAAACUGCAACUCAAUUCAGUUUUGUAAAUACUAAGCAUGAACAAUGAAAGGUGCCUCUUCUUCUGGUUGUAAAAUAUUUGAAUGACUCACACUGUAGGAGCUGAUGUAAAAUGUCAAAAGAAACUCAUAGGACUAAAAGGUAACUUUUAGGUGUUAGCAUCUUAGAGGAAAUCUCUUUAAAACACUUUUCUUAUAAAUAUCUCAGCACCAGAACAAAUGGUUUUAACUGUUUUUCUAUUAAAUCUACUGUGUGUUAUGAAGUAAAUAACAAUUACUGGAAAAAAAAAUACCAGGAAAAGACAUUUCCAGAACUAGCAUUAAAGUGCUGUGUGUAAAAAAAAAGCACUGUGAUUUGCUAUGACUGAAUAAUACACAGACAGCAAGAGGCUAUUUAUACAAGUAAUUUAUUUCCAUUGAAGAGAAUGCAUUGCUGAGGAAGCUAUUCUCAACGUGCUCUGUCUUCACCACAUUACAGUGUAUCUUCUGACUCACUUAGACUCAUUUUCCACUUCCUGAAAUGAUGUAUAUGUUGCUGAUUUUCCAAUAAACUUACAGGUGAACUUUAAGGAUACAUAAAAAGACAAGCAUAAACUCUGUGUUAUGGAAUACUUUGCGACGAUAAAUA